GACAAGACCAAAUUUUCAAAGUCUUAAAUUGCAAUCAUCAAAAAAUGUUUCGUCAAUCAUCAAAAAUUCUCCGUCAGUCGUUAAGCAUCUCAAGAAUUGGACAAAGACGAUUCGAGAGCAACGACUCAAAAGAUUCAAUGUGCAAACAUCAUCAAGAUCUUGUGCCGCCAUUUUCUGAAGUUGGAAAAUUAAAGUCAUUUGAAUUGAAAUCAGAUUGCACGACAUUCCACAUGAAAUCGAGUGGAUACAACCCUUGCUGCCCACCAUGUCCAACACCUAGCACACCUUGUCCACCACCCAAGAAGCCUUGUCCAUGUCCUGAAGAAAAUCCAUACGCUGAUUAAAUUUAUUCUUUGAAGGAUGUUGAAUUAAACUUAUAUUUUUCAAAUUAA